UUAGAAAAAUACUUGAAAAUAGCCCGUGGUCACGUUCACGAUGUUUUUCCCGUUAAACCCUUUGAAAAAUUUAGUAUCGUUGAACCGAGCUUCGAAGUUGAAGUUAUUAAGUCAUAACCUAAAUUACACUGAAAAAAAUUUCAGUCAAACGAGUAGUGCGCUCGGUCCGUCCAGCAAUUGCCGCAAAGGAGGUAGUGCAGGCUGCAAAGAGAUAAGCGAUUCUUUCUCGAGCUCGACGCAUCGCGGCUCCUCUUCGAAGAGCAGCAACAACAGCAGCAGCAGCAGCAGCAGCAGCAGCAGCAGCAGUGAUGGAUCAAGCGAAUUCGACAAGGCUCCAACUUGCCCGUCGAACAGGAGCUGGAGGCCCCCGAAAUGCUGUCACUCGGCCGAUCCGUCGACUAAUACGCAGCCCUCGUGUUGUCAGCAACCCUACAGUUUAUCGAGCAGCAAUCAGAGUAAAGCCCCUUCUAACAUGCAGGAAGCCACGAAGUCAGUCAGCCACCCUAAACUCUUCAACACGGGUAGAGCGACUACUUGGACGCCCGGGGGAUAUUAUUCUAAAUCUUGUCGAUUGACUUGUUCCGAGACUUCGAGGUAUAAAAUACGUUACAUCCGCCAACAUUUGCGCCCUGAGUCUUUGAUUUUUUUCCCUCUCGAUAAUCAAUUUAGCAAACCUGGCUGCCCUCGAUGCGAUCCUUGCGCCAAUGUGAGUGGCGCCAACCCGCCAAAUAAUUCCAAAGACUUGCCACAUUUUCGAGCGUGCCAAAGUCCCCCGGAUCCUUCAGGCUCCGGUGGCGGCCCGGUGCAGUGUUUAUCGACGACGUGUCCCUCGUGUCCGACUCCUAUUAAUCCCAACAUGUUGACACAAAUGGGCUGCCAGAGUAUGAUGCAGCCGCCGUGUCCGUGCGACGCUUCUCCCGUCUGCUGCAGUGACGAACCCGAAAAGAAAUUUAAAUUUUGGCAGUCCAUGACAUUUUUCUUCAUGUUACCUUCGCUCCUCGUUGUCGGUAGCUUCGUACAAUAUAACAAAAACAAUGAAACCCACGAGAAAGCCGAUCUCACACCGUAUCCUUACAUGAAUAUUAAAACUAAGUAAAAAAUUGUUAUUGUGACAUACUAGAUGUUGCUAUAGUUGAUCCAACUAAAAAACUAUUAAAUCUCAUCAACGGC